GGGACCUAAUGCUUCCUCAGUCACUCGUCUGGGAGAGACGCCUAGGCUAUGCCUGUUAUAUAACCUUAAGUCAUCAAGCCUUCAACCAAAGCUCAUAGCUGUUUCAAAUUCUACCACUUUCUAGUUAUCGAGAUGUCGAAUACUAGCAUAAAUUGCACCCGCCAGGGAUGCCCACACCCGGGAGACAACUUAAAGGUGGCAGCAGAACGAGGCAUAUUUGAUCUGUUCGAGAAACAUUUAGAUCAUCUUGAUUCCAUUGUGGCACCAAAUGGAGACACAAUACUACAUAUUUAUGUUUCCUGUCAUUGGGAAAUAUCAACCGACUUUAUGAAGCAAGUAGUUGUCAAAUGCCCGAGGUUGUUCUCACAGGAAAAUUGUGGCGGUGAUACUCCGUUGCACGUUGCAGCUAGGCAUGGGUAUACUGAUGUAGCGAAAGAACUAAUCAGGUUGGCAGAGGUCUCAUAUGAUGCAUUAGAAACACACAGCGGAGAAGUGGCAACAGAGACCUUACAUGAUGCAGUAGAUACACAGCAUGGCAAAGUGGCAACGGAGAUGUUACAUGAUGUAGUAGAUACACACAGCGUAGAAGCGACAACAGUGACCUUUCAUGAUGUAGAUACGCAGAGCGGAGAAGUGGCAAUAAGGAUCUUAGAUAAUGAAGCAGAUAUACAGAGCGGAGAAGUGGCAACAGAGACCUUACAUGAUGCAUUAGAUACACAGAUUGGAGAAGUGGCAACCGAGACGCUUCAUGAUGCAGUCGAUACACAGAGCGAAGAAGUGGCAGCGGGGAUUUUACAUGAUGCAGUAGAUACACAGAGUGAAGAAGUGGCAACAGAGACCUUACAUGAUGCAGUAGAUACACAGCAUGGCAAAGUGGCAACGGAGAUGUUACAUGAUGUAGUAGAUACACACAGCGUAGAAGCGACAACAGUGACCUUUCAUGAUGUAGAUACGCAGAGCGGAGAAGUGGCAAUAAGGAUCUUAGAUAAUGAAGCAGAUAUACAGAGCGGAGAAGUGGCAACAGAGACCUUACAUGAUGCAUUAGAUACACAGAUUGGAGAAGUGGCAACCGAGACGCUUCAUGAUGCAGUCGAUACACAGAGCGAAGAAGUGGCAGCGGGGAUGUUACAUGAUGCAGUAGAUACACAGAGUGAAGAAGUGGCAACGGAGAGGGCAAUGAAAGCAGUAAGGAAGUUGUUAAGGAAGGUAAAUGGAAAGAAAGAAACGGCCUUGCAUGUAGCAGCACGAAAUGAAAAAAGUCUGGGUGUUGUGAAAACAAUAUUGAGCAAGGAAGAUCCUCACUACAUAUAUUCUGCCAAUAAUCGUGGGGAAACUCCUCUUUACUUGGCUGUUGAUAACACAUGUACAAAUAUAGUGGCUGAACUGUUAAAUAAUCCCAAUUCACGAUCUCUGGAUUAUGGCGGCCCUGAUGGUGAAACGGUGUUGCAUACGGCAGUAAGACGAUGGGAUACAGACGUAGUCUGUAUGCUCUUGGAGAAACAAAGUAGUUUGAUUAAAAAAAAGGGAAAGUUCGAGUGGACUCCACUCCAUGUUGCUGCACAUGAAGGUUCUAGGUCAACGGUGGUAACUCUAUUAGAUAAGGAUAAAUCUAUUGCCAACAUUGCUACUGAAACCCUGGAAAUGACAGCUCUUCACGUUGCAGCCGCUAAAGGCAAUAAACACGCAAUGAAUGAGAUUAUUUCUAAAUGUUCAGACUGUUGUAAAUUCACCAGCAAAGAUGGCAAAAACGUUCUUCACUAUGCAGUAUACAGUAAAAAUGAAGAAGUACUGAAAGCAAUCCUUGAAAAUUCAUCGUUAAUUUCCCUUAUAAUUAAGAAAGAUAAUAAUGGGAGCACGCCUGUCCAUCUGUUUAAGGGUCUUGGUCUCCCUUUGCCUACUUUCGUAGUUGAUGGAGAUAACGAUGCCUUCAUCCUUUGGAAAAAACUAUAUGAUCGCAUCCCCAAUAACUUUAUCAUAAAGGACGGCUCCUUUUCUAUUUUGGGAGAUAUUUUCGAUGUUUUGGAAUGUCGUCCGAGGGGCAAAGAAAAUAUUAUAGAUGUUAUGAAAUGUGCUCCGACAUAUAAAACAAAAAUGGCAAAAGAGAGAGAAGAAAAGAUAAUACUUCAAUUAAAAGAAGCCAAAGACUCACAUCUGGUGACUGCAGCACUUGUCGCAACAGUAACUUUUGCAGCCGCAUUCACCUUACCUGGUGGUUAUGUUAGUGAUGAAAAAGAUUCAGGGAAAGGCACUCCCAUUCUGAGCAAAAAUUCAGCUUUUAAAGCAUUUAUUAUAUCAGACACUAUAGCUAUGGUUCUUUCUAUUUCUUCUGUUUUUAUCAACUUCAUCAUGGCGAUGCUAGGAUAUGGACCAAAAUACUACUGGUUAAUAAAAACUGCCUUCAGGUUUAUCCUCCUUGCUAUGGGAGCAAUGGUGGUUGCAUUUGUUACAGGCACUUAUGCAGUUCUAGCACCUUCCUUAGGGCUUGCCAUUGCCACUUGUGCCAUUGGUUUGAGCUUCUUUCUCUUCUUGUUUUAUAUCUUCAUAAGGUUAUAUCGUAUUCCUCGUGGUGGUGGUGGUGAUGAUGAUGAUGAUGAUGAUGGAAGGAUUUUAACCCUCUCAUGGCUAAGUUUUGGAGGCUGGUGGUUGAUCGAUGGCUGGUUGUUGAUCGAUGAAAUGCCUCCCAAUCCCAAGCCGCGUGUUAGGCCUAAAGGAUGGUAUGUUAGAAGGGGCGCGCCUUAGUGUGUUGGGAGGUUCUUGUGGAUUGAACGGCUAAUAGUGAAAAAAAUAGUAUAAGAGGGAGGUGUAGAUCAUUGCUGGAGCUCUUUUGCAGACGAACAAUGAGAGGAGCUUUGGCGGGUAACUCAUUGGGCUCCAACAGACAGGGAGAUUCCGAAAGGCGUGAGUGGGACGCCGAAGAGACCCACUAUUGCCCUUCUCAUCUUGGUUUUCUGAUAUUUUUGCCUUACCUUGCUACUGUGGCCUGAGAUUUUGUAUUUCGAUCGGUGAAGGAUUUGUUUAAGUCUAGAUCUGCCGGGUUGCACUUUACAUGACUAAGCAUAUGAGGUUCUUGUGCUUUUGGGGUCCUUCUAUAACUAUGCUUCUUGGUGUUGUUUGGAGAGCUCCUGUUUAUGGCUUUCACGUGCGGCAUAGCUACGCCAGAAAAUUCAAUUUUGUUGGUGGCCAUGUAUCUCCCUGCACUAUGCUCAAACUUUGAUUGGUUCUUUCUAGUUUGAUCUAGGUUUUUUGUGGUUUAUGGGCUGGUCUGGUUUAGGGUGGAUAGUUGUUAGAUAUGAUUUUUUAUAGGCCUUGGAUUAUAAUUCUGUAGGGCAUGGCCUCUUUCUUAUCCUUAUUUUGUAAUGGGCCUCAGGUCUAUAAUCCAAUAUAUACUUUUAUCCCUAAAAGAAGUAAUAAAGGUAUUAAUAGAUGAAAAAAAUUCAUAAAUUAAAUUAAAAUUUUGACCGUAAAAUGUGUAUAUAUA